UGUCUGUCGUCUGUGUUUAUUGAUUUUCGGUUUUUGCAAGGAAAGAAAAGAAAAUUUUAAAAAUAAAUAAUAAUGAGUAGUAAAAUUGAAGAAGGUCAGGAGCUGAUGAGACAAGCUGAGAAAAGUCUUAAAACCGGUCUUUUAAAAUGGCGUCCAGAGUAUGACACUGCAGCUGAUUGCUAUACGAAAGCAGCAACCGCCUUUCGAAUAGCGAAGUCAUACGAUCAAAGCAAAGAUUGUUUUCUAAGGGCUGCCGAUUGCCAUAAGAACAAUAACUCGUGGUUCCAUGCCGCCAAAUGCUAUGAACAGAUUAUUUUACUUUGUAAAGAAACUAAUAACUUGCUGAGCGUUGAGGAGUAUGCGGGCAGAGCCUGUCACUUGUAUCAACAACACGGUUCCCCUGAGUCUGCCGCCUCCGCCUUGGACAAAGCAUCAAAAGUUGUUGAACAAAAACAUCCAGAAAUAGCACUUCGUUUCUAUCAAAGAGCAUUGGAGAUUAGCAUGAUUGAGGACUCAUCGCGAACAGCAGCCGAAUAUGCCAGCAAAGUUUCACGUAUUUUGGUGAAAUUACAAAUGUAUGACCAAGCCACAGAUGCUCUAAGGCGUGAAAUUGGAAUUAACCAACAAACAGAAUCGUAUGGUCAAAUCGGUAGAUUAGCGGUUGCUUUGGUUCUAGUUCAGUUAGCAAGAGGAGAUCAGGUAGCCGCAGAAAAAGCUUUUAAAGAAUGGGGAAACUGCUGCGAUCCCCAAGAGGUCCAAACUUUGGAAAUGCUAUUACAAGCUUAUGACGAUGAGGAUCCUGAUACGGCCAAGCGUGCAUUGGCUUCGCCCUUCAUAAGGCAUAUGGACGUGGAGUAUUCCAAACUAGCGUUAAUUGUACCAUUACCUCAAGGACUACCAAAUGCUUCAAAACCUGCUGUUAUCAAAAAUGCUACAGCUUCGUAUACAUCGACUUCCAUGGAGGCCUCCAAAUCUGGGGGUAAUGAGGGUGAGACAGGGGGAUAUGCUGGAGCACAGAAUGACGAAGAUGAUGACGAAGGUGGUCUUUGUUAAUCUUACUAUUUGUUUAAGCUUAAAUGUUAUAAUGCUAUUUAUUAUAUAAUAUUGAUGUAUAAUUAAUAAUAUUGCUAUUAAAAUAUUUCAUUCCAAAUAUAGUCAAAUAUCGUUACAACUAAAA